AUGUCUUCCCUUCAUGUUGUGGCCACCGUCAUCGUCCAAUUCUUUCUUGUUGCCUGGGGGUGGAUUUGCAACAGCAUUCGCAAUCUCGCCCAGUCCUUCAAACCCUUCGCGAUGCUUCCCCAGUUUGCGCACGUCUCCCUCAGGGAGCCCGCCCACACUCAAGAUCGCAUCUUAGAGGGGGCACAUCAAUCAGCAGUUUCCGAUAUCGCGUGCGGUUCCUCGAAAGGCCCUAUCCUGCCCGUGUACACCACCACUCAAGGCCAAAAUACCCAGCUACGCGGGCUCCAGCAGCCCACCAACGCGAUUUGGAACCCAUAUCUCCCCGCCGACGUCACUACAACACCUGCCGUUCACAGCCCCUCGUUGACCUCAAAAGAUUUGGAUGUUUUUCAACCCUCAGUGAUAUCUUAUCCGGAGCCAACCUACUCGCCCAAUCUGCCACGAGCUACGAUGAGAAAUUUAGAAGCAAUCACGAGCCCAAAACAUCUGAAAAAGCUAGAUUCUGUUAUAUUCCCCUCCCCGCAAAAUCUUACAUCCACGAAGGUCGUCGCAACCGUCUCUACACCCGUCGAGCUUCCACCGACAUCGGGGAGUGCCACUCUGGCUGUCGUGGCCCCUCUAAAGCAAGAAGGCCAUCCUUCGCUGUAUGACUGCGAAAACGCUCUCCGGCAAGUCGAUAAGUCUUUCAUCGAAGCCGAUGCCCUCUGCAUAUCUGAAACACAAGUUUCAUCUUCUCUUGAUUUUGUCGAAAACUCUCGUCCUUCCCAUUCCGAUCAGACUGCCGGCUCAAUCAAGAAAAAAAGACGUGCUGUGGUUGCCAUGCCUAUGCCGGCAUUUGAAACAUCCACGGACUCUCCAUACAGGAAUGACACCACAUUCAAGGAACCAACUGCAUCAAGCGCUCUUACUGCUGCUGAUUCCCAAGACGAUAGCCUUCUCGACGUCGACGCAAUCAUCGCUCUGGCGGGUACAUUAUGCAACCCAACUUCUUCCAGCUCGAGUGGAUCAUCUGAUAUCGCCCAAUCCUUAACUCUUCAGGUCGAUCCAACGACACCCUCUCAAACGUCUGGGAAUAUGGUUAUUGAAGCCCCUACACCUCAAAUCCGUCACUGUUAUCUGCCCAUUCAAAACGACCUCGAACCUUCAAAUUCUCCAGAAUUUACGCUACCAUCCCCCCCUCAAUCACCGAACUCAGUCGACUUCGAUCACUUGCGACAAUACCACGAAGAAGAAUCAACUCUUGCAUAUCUUCAACAUUCAGGCCAAAACUCUCCACGGUCAACACGUAUCUGUGGAUCUCUCGAAGCGAUACGAGAAGAGGACGAGGAACCCUCUUUCUACGACGAUAUACUCGCAACCCCUUCGCCCCCUUCCCAUCACGAAAGUACAUUCCCCGACAAUCCCCAAGUUACACGCCAAGAUUCAGCGUAUGAACCCCCCACUACCAAACCUGAGAGGAAGAAAAGACGUUUUUCUCUGGUUGAUAUCCAACCAAGGUCCAAAGUAAUUCCUACCCAGAAGAAGAAACGGCGUUCUGCCCCGUCAGUACUAGGACUGGGAUGGUUGAAUAAGACCACUUCUUCACCCCAAGAAAGAGAACGAUCGCCCGGCAUCGAGCCUGUUCCUCCUGCAUCUCCUCUUCGCCCGCUCCUUCUCCCAAUGCAACUUGCCAUGCGAGGAAACAGCACUCCUCUCAAACGCGACCAUUCCUCGACUGUCUCAACGCACGCCCCGAAGCGGCGCUCAUGGUUCAAGAACCUUACCUCCCAACAUUCGUCCUCUUGGCAAGUCUCCCCUCCAAUUCUAAACCUUAUCCCUGCCACGCCUCCUUUGAACGAUAACCCCAAUAAAGCCAUUGAAGAUCCCACAAUUAGCAACGGCGCACCACUUUCCAUCGACCCCAAGUUCCUCUACCCUGCUGACCCCUCUUCUGUAUUCGAACCUGACGAGAUUAUCGACACUACGGAUCCGCCCUCGCCUACCAUAACUGAGCCGACACCAAUUGAAUCAGAUUCAGAUGACGUUGCUGAAAACAGACGAUCGAAGAGUCUUGCUGAGCUCAUUGCGCUCAUUGAUAGCUAUGAUUUCGAGAAUGGACGUAUGAAGGGGGACUCUUCUGAACCUCAGCUUGGUGAUUUAUCGUCGUCUGAAGCCCAGCUGGACUGGGCUGCUACCUCUUCUUCGUCGUCGAGCAGCGAUGACGAGUCGUAUUUUGAUGAGUCGGAGGAUUCGAUGUCUAUCGGUUUGGCGCUGUGA